AUGACCGCGAUGACCAGCACGGACUUUGAGGUUUUGACCAACGAUGCUCGGUCUACGGCCAGUUGGAACGUGGUGGAGGGAUCCGUCAGUGGUCUGCAAGCAGAGGUGGCGUUGGAGCGGGAUGUCAUGGCAUUCCCUGCAGAUGACGUGAAGGCCGUUCUCUCUGUGGUUGCCCCACGUGUGGAUGACAGUCACCGGGCCCCCUUGCGGCUGGUGGCAGUGCUGGACAAGUCUGGCUCCAUGAAUGGCGAGAAGAUCCGCUUGGUGAAACAGACCAUGAUUUUCAUGUUGCGAUACCUGUCCGACAAAGAUGCCUUGGGUGUGGUGGAAUAUGGCUCGGAUGUCAAAGUGGUGGCGCCGCUGACGCUUUGCGACCAAGAUGGACGAACACGACUUCAGCAUGCAAUCGAAAGGAUUCAAAUCAGCGGGCAGACCAACCUGUCAGGUGGUUUGAUCAAGGGUCUGGAGCUGCAUAAAGACAAUCCGCGCCACGUGGCCGCUGAAGCUCCAAAGCAGCCAGUGAAGGUGGGCAACACCUACCGCCGCAUGACGCCCGAAGAAGCGAAGGACAAGGUCGAGCGCGGCGAACACUUCGGACACCCGGAGGCGGCCAUGCCAUCGGAUGCCGAACGCGUCCACGAGUGGACCAUGGCCUUGCGCUUUGCGCCAGAAGAUCAGAAGUUGGUGAAGAAGGUGGUGUUCAAACUUCAUGAGACCUUCCGUGACCCCGUGGUGGAAGUGACAACUGCUCCGUUUGAGCUGAAGCGCUUCGGAUGGGGCACCUUCAUGGUGAAGGUCGUCAUCCACCUGCAGGACGGUCGUCAGGUGGAGACCAGCCACAUGUUGUGCUUCGACAAACCCGAGACCUUCCGCACCGUGCUGCUGCCAUUGCGCAGCCCUGAAGCAACAGGUCGAAGUGAGUCGUUUUGGGGCUUAUGUGGCAAGUCCUCAACAGAUCAAGGCAGCGAAUUCACCGUGGAAACCAGGGAAUUCCUGGUGGAAACCAGGGAAGCAGUGGUUCGCUCCACGUUCCUGUUUACCGAUGGUCAUGCCAAUAUGGGAAUCACCAAGACUGAGGACCUGUGUCAAGCAGCCAGCGGCUUACUGGGAGAGUUGAAGGAAUACAAAAGCAGCAUCUCCACCUUUGGCUUCGGUGCUGAUCACAAUGCGGAUAUGCUGCGAUGCUUGGCAGAUACCACCACGGAUGGGACCUACAGCCACGUGGAAUCAGAAGAUCAGAUUGCUGAGGCCUUUGGUGAAGCCUUGGGAGGUUUGUUGUCCACGACCCAUCAAAACGUCUCCUUGAUGCUUCAGUUGGCCCCCAAUGUGACCUUCUCCCGCGCGUACAGUUCCUUCAAACCCACGGUGGAACAUGGCGUGGUAACGCUUGAGCUGGGCGAUCUGUUCUCAGAGGAACGGCGUGAUAUCUUGGUAUCUUUGAGGCUUCCAGACAGCACCAGCGCUGAGGGUCGCUUGGAAGCGAUCGGGCGCCUGGAGGCGCGCGGCUUCUCAGUGAUCUCUAAACGCAGCGAGACCAGCAGCAAGGCCGUGAUGAUCGAACGCCGUGCGGUGGUGGAGAAGUCCCAGAUGAACCACCAGGUGGAACUUCAUUGGAACCGCUACGUGACCAACGAGGCCUUGGAGAAUGCUCGCAUGGUGGCAGACCGGGGGGACCUGAAACAGGCCAGGGAAAUCUUGGAUGCAGCCAGCGUUACGUUGGGAGCAUCUCCACUGGUGAUCAAUGGGGAUCCCAUUUGCUUGGGCUUGUUGAGUGAUCUGCAGGACUGCCUGGGAGAUUUGCAGCAUCGCGAUGACUACUUCCAGAAGGGUUCCAAGAAAAUGGCGAUGAUUCAAGGCAUGCAUGCCAAGCAACGGGCCACCCAUGGUGCGAACACCAGCAUGUACACCAAUGCAGUGAUGAAGGAGUAUCGUGCAGCCUUCAAGAUGGGUAUUGCUUAG